GUACGCUGGCAACAUCGCUCAGCUGUCCAGCGAGCGCAGAGUGACUGACGUUAAUUUCACUACCGGAUUAUCACGAUUCCUUUUGACUCGCAGUUCCUAUUAUUGCUUGUUAAACGCAAUUUCAAUCUGUAGUUGUCGCGACGCAAUUCGUAAAUAUGGCAUUAUUUAAAUUUUACUUUUUGUCUGCUUUGAUUUGUGGCGCCCUCGUUCUUGGCAACGCUGCGGGGGUAUCGAAACCACCACCAACAGAAGUCAUUGACCUCACUUCAACAACCGUUGAACCAACAACCCCAGAUACAACCCCCGAUACAACAACAUCAACAACCACAACAAGUACAACCCCAUCAACAACAACAUCUACAACACCUGACACUACAACCAGCACAACAACUACGACCACUACUACGCCAGCGCCACCGAAGCCGACGCCUACACCGGCACCAGUGCCACCCAAGCCCAUCGGACCUCCAGACCAGGGCCUGUGGCCGUACGUUGACAGCAAGAAUGUGACGUGUGUCAUCGUGCAGUUUGCUGCGCAGUUGAACGUCACCUAUGGCAAGCCUAACUCGUCUGAGCUGAUCCACGUGAUCCUCAACGUGCCCGCCAACGCAUCCGUCAUCUCCGGCAACUGCGACGGCCUUGAACAGUGGCUCACCAUUGGCUGGCCAGCGACCAAUGAGACCAACCACACCUUGACUGUAUUGUUCGCUAAGAAUGACACUACAAAGUCUUAUGAGAUGAAGAGCUUGAAUGCUUCGCUUGUGGCGUCCAUCUUCCCUAACAUUACUAACGUGGACACCAUCAACCUAUCCCACCAGACACCGGAAUGGCAGACACCCCUCGCCGCGUCCUACCGCUGCACGCCGCCAACAGAACUCAAGAUGAACGCGGACAACAACAACAUUGCUGCCACUUUAACACUUAGCCGAUUGCAAGAGGAGGCUUUCAGGAACGCUUCUGGCAACGGGUUCAGUGCUGCUCGCGACUGCUCCAGUGGCGACAUACCCGACGCCGUCCCCAUCGCGGUGGGCUGCGCGCUCGGCGGCAUGGUGGUGGUCGUGCUGAUCGCUUACCUCGUGGCCCGCCGCCGCUCCGCCAACCGCGGAUACCUGUCCAUGUGAACAGAUGAUGUAUCGGAGUAAAUAGAAAGUAGUCAAUAUAUAAAUAGUUACAGGUAAACAAUCACCGCAUUUACCUGCCCCUAAAGACAUUUCGUGGUUUAAUCUCAUAACAAUAUAUACCUACCCAUUGUCAUCAUUAAUUUAGGAAAAUAAUUCGAUAUUGCUCAACGAUUUUUUUUAUGCUGGCAACAUCCGGUAAUGAUUUUUUAAAUUGUGUUUUUUUAAGAAUGCCAGUAACUCGCUUGUCAGGUAUAAGCUUGGGUUGAUAGUACUAUCUCCAUAUAUCUGUCUCUUUCGCACUUACACGUGUUGAAAAGAUGGAAUACGAAAAAAUAAUAAUCCAGCCAAGUUAAAUUGAAAUAUGAUAUAUAAAAAUUAUUUGAUUGUAUUUGUGUUUUGUGGGUGUCUUUUUGUUUUCGUAGUUUUGGCCAUAAUAAUAGAGUUAUAGUAAUUUUAUAUUAAAUCAUUUAAUUUCUAUAUUUUAGAAAUGCUAACUGAAUUUUAAUUUCGGAUUGGACUGUGAACAAUUAAAAGAGUUAGAAAUAUUACAUAUAUGUAUACAUUAUGUGAUGUUAUUUAGUAGUAG